CGGAGCGAGGCGUGAGUGUGGGUGUAGAGUAUUUGGUCACUACCACGAUUCGGUUGGGCCAAAGCGGCGGGUACAGCGAUGUGUCUCCUUUUGGGCGCCACGGGAGUUGGGAAGACUCUGCUGGUGAAACGGCUGCAAAAGCUGAGCUCCCGGGAGGGGAAAAGUGACCUUGGUGACCCGCCCCCCACCCAGCCCACGGUGGGCACUGAUCUCACUGACAUCAUGGCCCAGAAAAAGAUGACAAUCCGGGAAUUAGGGGGAUGCAUGGGUCCCAUCUGGUCCAGUUACUAUGGAGAUUGCCAUUCUGUCCUGUUCAUGAUUGAUGCCUCUGACCCCACCCAGCUUUCCUUAUCCUGUGUUCAGCUCUUGGGCCUCCUUUCUGCAGAACAACUAGCCAAUGUAUCUGUUCUGAUCCUCUUCAAUAAGAUUGAUAUGCCCUGUUACAUGACUUUGGAGGAGAUGAAGUCCCUAAUCAGACUCCCAGAUAUCAUUGCUUGUGCCAAGCAAUGCAUCACUAUAGCAGAAAUCAGUGCCCGGGAUGGCACUGGUUUGGCAGGUGUCCUGCGCUGGCUCCAGGACACCCACAAAGCCAUCAGCUGAUUGAAGGGUAAAGAAUACAGAUUCUAAAGAAUACUUGUCAGACAGAAGGAAAGAAGAAGGCAUGAACUGUGGUACUUGGUCCUGAUAUGCAGAAAGCCCAGGCUGAGCCACCAGAAGGUGAUUAGUAUGGCCUAAACUCAAUUGGCUGAGUUAGCAGACAAAUGGAGGCUAUUUACAGGGUCUGGAAAUCCCUGGUAGCUUAGCUGCAAACUGAAGAGGCUGGCCAUAGCCCUGAGAGCAUAUUUUGGGCAGCUAGGUUUUACCCUUUGGAAAAGUCAUUUAGUAUUCCUAAUUCAGCCUUUAAUUCUCCAGUGUAUUUUGCUUACCUCUCUUCUGACCCAGAUAGAUUUUCCCUGAGAAGCCCAACCACCUGGGUUUUAUAGUAGAAUAUUCAUUAGUUAAUUAAGAGUUAAGUAGGAAAUGGGGUUAAUUAACAAAAUUUAUGGAUAGAUGGCUAAGAGAGUUGAGUGAGAAUGGAAUCUCAAAGAGGAUUGAUGGGAAGAUAAUUUUCUCAAGGAGCUUUGGGAAAGAUAGUUGAACUGACUCACUCUUUGGGCUGUUCUGAAUCGUAGUCUGAAGAGCCUGAAGGUGGGAGAAUUUCUGGUGAAUUUAUCUCUUGAAACCAUCCUUGCUGACCAGAGGAGAGUAUUGGGCGCAGUACCUGUGCUUGGUCCAGUAGGUGGCAGAAAAGAGUGAACUGUUUGAGUGGAGAAGCCUUUGAGAAGUAAGGGGCUGCUUUUUCAUCUGAGCAGCAGGAAACAAAAUCUGACAUUCCUCUCUGUUUAUAAGUUUAUAUUUUUAGAUUUAGAAUAGAAAGAUAGUUAUUUGGGGGAUUUAGUUAGAGAGAGUAGAUUAAGAUAGGAACACCCCUUGGUGAACAUGAAGUAUUCCCUUGCGGGAAAGUUUGGGUUUGGGAUUUAAUUAGAAUUUAUUAGUAUAGAGAAUAUUUUCUUAUCAGUAUUUAUCCUGCCUUUUACUUUCUCUUUUAUACCAAUUUUAGUAGUUAUAAUAAAUAGGGUUUUAUGUAACUGGCCUGAGCAGGAAUUUUUCUUCAACUGCUUGAGCAACCAUUUUUUAUCAACGGUCAAACUCAAGAGCCUAUGCACAUCAGUGAUUAUAAGAUAAUGAAACUAGUGAUUGAAGAGAACAGUGUAGUUGAAUUGGAUCACAAAGGAGGGGGAUGGAGAGAGGAGUGGCUAGUGCAGAAAAUUGGCCUGGGGAAGAAUUGAGAAGUCAUGGUACAGAUACAGUAGAGUAAGAAAAGGGAAGGUAGAGGAAGAGGUGAAAAACUAAUAAAUUUUAUUUGGAUUAAGAGAUUUAAGAAUUCUUAGAAAUGGAGGUAGUAUUAUUGAUAUAGAGAAAUGCAAAUUCAGAGAACUCUGAGGUAUCACCUUAUACCUGUAAGAUCAGCUAACAUGACAAAAGGAAAAUGGCAGUUGCUGGCAGGGAAGGGAAAUUUGGGAUACUUAAUGGACUGUUGGAGUUUUGAAAAGGUCUGAUCAUUCUGGAGAACAAUUUGGAACUAUGUCCAAUAGGUUAUAAAACUAUGUAUAUUAAAACCUUUUGACCAAAAACCAUUAGCACUAUUAGGUCAAUACUACUAGAUAGCAAAAAUAAAAGUGAAAAGGAUCUAUUUGUAUAAAAAUAUAGCACCUCUUUCUGUGGUAGCAAAGAUUUGGAAAUUGAGUUGAUGUUCAUCAGUUGGGGAAUAACUGAACAAGUUGUGGCAUAUGAUUUAUAUAAUGCAAUACUAUUGAGCUACAUGAAAUGAUAAGGAGAUGGUUUCAAGAAAAAUCUCUGAAGACUUAUAUGAAUUGAUGCAAAGUGAAGUGAGCUGAACCUGGAGAACAUUGUAUUCAGUGAUGACAAUAUUGUAAACAUCAAAUGUGAGAGACUUAGCUACUCUGUUCAAUGCAAGGCAAUUCUGAAAGACUUAGGAUGAAAAAUGCUAUCCAUUUCCAGAGCUUUGGAAGAACUUUUGGAGUCUGAAUGCAGAUCAGAUCAUACUACUUUUUGCUUUAUUUUCCUCAUGGAAUUGGUUCUUUUUGUUUGUUUUUAUAUGUCUUCUUCCACAUGACCAAUAUAGAAAUAUGUUUCGCAUGAUCACACAUAUAUAACCUGGAUCAAAUUGCUUACUGUCUCAAGAAGGGCUGAGGGGAGAAAGGGAAGGAAAGAACUUGGAACUCAGAAUUUUAGAAAGCUAAUGUUAAAAAUCAUUUUUACAUGUAACUGGGGAAAACAAUAUCGAAAGAAUAAAGAGUGUUAAAAACAAAUAAAUGAAAUUAAAAUGGA